AGUAUUAGCUUGCUGGACCUGUCUUUCCAGUUGAUCGCGUCACGAUAAGUAGUACCUAUAGUCUGUUGCUCGCUGUUUGGGAACAUCCUGGGUACCGCACCCACAGGGAUGAGGCUUGUGUACGGCCUGGUGGCGACGCUGCUCUGCUGCGGUGCCGUUUUACCGGAGUCUAUCUACCCGAAGCAGAGAGUUAAAUGUAGCUGUACGGCCGAGCACGGAUCCUUCCACGACCACCACGCGGUGCUUCUGGACGGGUCCCGCAACGUCAGCCUGGCCGAGUACCGGGGGACGACCCUGCUGGUGGUGACCGUCGCCACCUUCUGAGGGUUCACCCACCAGUACCCCGCCAUGAACGCACUCAGGGACAAGAUGGUCGACCAGCUGGGCUUCGAUUUCGACAUCUUGGCUUUUCCAACCAACCAGUUCGGCCUACAGGAGCCCGGCAGAAACGACGAGAUUCUCAACACACUCAAGUAUGUGAGGCCGGGCCGUGGCUACGUGCCAACCUUUCCCCUGUUCCAAAAGGGAGACUGCAACGGAGAGAAUGAACAGUCACUCUUCACUUAUCUGAAGAGCUGUUGUCCCCCCGCCAGCGACAUGAUAAUAAACGACCUCUCCAGUCUGUACUGGAAGCCGCUGCGGGCAGGCGACGUCCGCUGGAACUUCGAGAAGUUUCUGGUGGAUCCGGAGGGGAGGGCCGUCAUGAGGUUUACCGCUCCAGUAGAGCCUGCCGAGAUGGAACCUGUUAUCGAGGAGUUCAUCCGUACGUGGACGGCCAAAAAGCAGAGGGAAAUUUAUAGCGACCUUCUCUCAGAGCUAAACAUUAACUAUUAAAAUUCACGAGAUGGACUAAAAUCUAUCAAACCAAACAACAAAAUAACCGACUGAGCAACCAACCAACCAACCUUCCGUCCACUCACACCACUAUGGUAGAACAAAUGUGGAUUGGUUAAGCAGUAAGGCAUUUGUUCUUACGAUAUCGACAAAUUCUAAUAUAUUAUCACAAUAUGUGUACUAUUAUCAUGGAACAUAUACACGUAUUUUGCAGUGGCAAUACCAAUAAUGUGUUUCGUGACUUAUGGACAAUCCCCUUUGAAGUCAUAACUAGUGCUAGCCGGUGUAAACUGCCAUCAUUAUUUAUUUGCAAUAUACGUGUACGUGUAUCCAUAAAAAAGCUAUCGACCAAAGAUACUGUAGAACUGAACGAAGCAGUUUGUUAUUGUAUGAAUCGGACGAUUUUAUGACGCGGGAGCCACAAAGCACCGUUCUGUGUCGGGUUCCUGCUGACAGGGAUGGACCCUUCCUCGGCCUUCGUGCGUUCAGCCGAGGGGGGCGACAUCCGGCGUCGUUUGGGUUCAAACAAUAAAUCUGUCAUGACAAACAG